AUGACGCCGCGGAGGCGGCCCCGUCCCCGCGCUCCCGCCCCUCCCGCCAGGGCAGCCCGGGAGGCCAGACGCUGGCGCUGCAGGGAGAGGGCGGUGGGCGCAUCCGCUAGGGGGCGCGGCGGGGCGGGGCGCACAUUUCGGCGGGCCCCGCGGAUGGCGGCGCAGGGCGUAGGGCCUGGGCCGGGGUCGGCGGCGCCCCCGGGGCUGGAGGCGGCCCGGCAGAAGCUGGCGCUGCGGCGGAAGAAGGUGCUGAGCACCGAGGAGAUGGAGCUGUACGAGCUGGCGCAGGCGGCGGGCGGCGGUAUCGACCCCGACGUGUUCAAGAUCCUGGUGGACCUGCUGAAGCUGAACGUGGCCCCCCUCGCCGUCUUCCAGAUGCUGAAGUCCAUGUGUGCCGGGCAGAGGCUAGCGAGCGAGCCCCAGGACCCUGCGGCCGUGUCUCUGCCCACGUCGAGCGUGCCCGAGACCCGAGAGGCCUCCUUUCUCUCUGCCAGGAACAGUAGCCCCCCUGCAAGGCCCUCCUUUUCCUCCAGCCCGCAGCCUGCGGCCUCUCCGGUUCUGCUCCACAGCCCGGCUGCCACACACUCGCCUCUCUCUCCAGGCCCCCCGGGUUCCCUCCGCCUCUCUUGCUGCCUGUUCUCUCCUUUUGCAGGCUUGAGUGACAACUUGAGGACAAGGCGGCGCCUCGACAAGAUUUCACACAGCAGCUACGGGGGCCAGAGAAGCAGCACCACAUGGUGUGGCAGGAGAAGGAGGACAUGCACAAGCAAUUGGUUGAAGCUUCAGAGACAUUGAAAUCCCAAGCCAAAGAACUGAAAGAUGCCCAUCAGCAGCAAAAGCUGGCCCUGCAGGAGUUCUUGGAGCUCAAUGAGCUCAUGGCAGAGCUCUACUCCCAGAAGCAGAAGGUGUGGGACAAGGAGGAGAUGGA